CGAAAGCUGAAAAGGCGGUUUUGGACAAGCAGAAGGACCGGAGGAGCUCCCUCGCUCAUAUCAAGUCGCGUGCCGUGAGGCACUGACUGCCUGCAGUGAGGAGGAGGAAACGACCAAUGCUCUCGUUCAUUCCCUGCAGGCUGCAUUUGAGCCAGUGAGUGUUGCCAGUACCCACAGACCCCCAGCCGACACGACCACGGCAUCGACACCGACCCCAUGGGUCGGGGGCGAUUCAGAGGGGACAUGCACGCUGCACACUGCCUGCAGCCAGGCAGACGAGGGAUGCAGCAUGGAUGGAUGGAUGGAGAGGAGACGACAGAGCGUCGUCGCGUGCCGUGCCGCGCCGUGCCGUGCCGUGUCAGCCAGUCGCAGAAGAAGGGACGAAGCCAGGGCUACCGACUCCACCGCCCUCUCGCGAGAGGGGAGGCGCCCCGACGGAAGAAGAGGAAGGUACGAAAAUCACCAUGUUGAUAUCCUUGUGUGUCGUCUCUGCAGAGGGCGUGACUCUGUCUGGUCACAAGGGCUAUGCGAAGGGGGCGUUGGAAGGGGGCGAGGACAACUGGGGACGAUACGAGAGGGUCAACCCCCAAUUCGGCUGCAGCCACGACGACAAAUCCACCACCAACUUCUGGCUUGGAGAAACAUGUGAGCAAACGACACAUUGGCCUCUCAACGGAGACAUCAAUGCUGGUCUGUCUGUGUUGUCAUGUGGUCAGAUCCGGAGGUGGAGAAGCACUGCGGGCCGCGUUUCUUUUACGAGCGUCGGGAGGGUCUUGGGUGCAAGGCCGACAUCCUGCGGGUGCAGGAGUACCGGUCCUUCAACGAGAACUUGUGUGAGGCCGAGUGCAGCCUCAACCCCAUGUGCAUGGCGUACUCUCUCAAGGUGGGGGACACCGACCCACCGUCAUACCAUGUGUGUCAGGUUGACGCGAGCAACAGCAGCAAGGUCUUGUGUCGUCUGUGCAAGUUCACGAGCCCCGAACACUUCAACCGGGAGGACCACACCUUCGCCGGCCUCAAGAUGCGCCACCCCCAUGACUACCCCCACCCAUCACAUCCGCCCGUCCCAUGCGGACCGCCAGACGGCUGCUUCGUCCAGGCCCAGCGGUCCGAGGGCGGCCCGGGGAAAGCCUGCGACCACAAGAUGGCCCCUUCGGUGAGGGAGGCGGACGGCAUCAGCGAGCAGGUGGCCGUGCAUCUCGUCGACGUGGCCUCCAUGAACAGACACGUCAAGAACACACACGACCCCAUUGUUGACAUACUCUGC